AUGGAACAGGGUGACGCUACAGCGCCUGACUUUCCCAGCAAAGUGGCCGAGCGCGUGGCUGAUAGACUGGAUGUGCUUGUCAACAGUGCAGGCAUGACAUCCAAAGAAGAUCAGCAUGACAAAAUCGCUGAAGCUGACGUGGACAUGUGGGACAAGAUGAUCAACCUGAACCUGCUGGUACCCAUGAAGCUGACACAUGCACUGGCGCCAAUUCUGGCGCGCAGCCAUGCUGGCGGCCAUAUCAUCAACAUCUCAUCUGUGGCCGGCCUGCGCCCCUCAAAGUACAAUGCGGCAUACUCAGCCUCCAAGUGGGGCCUCACAGGAUGGAGCAAAGCGUGCUUCGAGGAGCUGAAGGAGCAGAAUAUCAGGGUGACCACCAUAUUCCCAGCAUAUGUGUCCUCAGACAUGACCAGGGGAGUGCCGAUCGACAACGCAAAGAUGAUCCUGCCUGAGGACAUUGCCCAAGCAGCACUGCUACCCUUCCAGAUGUCUGCCAAUGCCUGCCCCACAGAGAUAGUGAUCAACAAUACAGAACCACUGAAGAAACCCCAAAGCUGA